UCACAGUCUGUUUUCUCUACAUAGGCAAGCUAAAGUAGAUAGGUGGACAGCAAGUGCUAAGGUUGAUGAAAUGAUCAGAUUGACAAAGACGCUUCAAGGCCAAUUGGAGAGAAAGGAAGAAGAUGUGGUAUCUGCCCAGCAAAGAGAAGCAGCAUCUGAGAAACUCUUGCAACAAAUGCAGUCUAGUAUAAAACAAUUAGAAACAAGAUUACAUGUUACUGUCCAAGAUGCUGAACAAAUGAGAACAGAAAGAACAGCCCUGGAGAAACAAAUCAGAAUGCUUCAGACAAAGUGUGCUAAUUUAGAAAGGGAGAAUUAUGAAGCAGUUGCAGAAGUCCAAGACUGCGUACAGCUGUUGGAAGAAGCUAACCUACAAAAAAGUCGGUAUGAUGUUCGAGCAUUUAAAGAUUUGUGUAAAUUUACUGUUUUUACAAGACGACUGGAACUCUGUUGGUGGCAGGAAAAUUGCAAAGGCAAAAUGGAAAUUGCAGUCUCUGUCAUGAUAGUUCCAAAUGGACUGCGAAGAAAUAUUUUUCCUCACUACUGUCUGUAUAGAGCAUCACUAGUAUAG